AUGCGAGAGGAUGAUGAUGGUGCAGAAGAGACGGAGGAAGAGGAGAAGGGCAGGGGGCAAGACAAACAGAUCACUGAAAAGGGAAAUGCGAAGUUCAAGUUGGCAAGCGACAACGUUGCCGGGUUCUGGCAGAAGCUUUUCUUGGAUCAGAUCGGAGUGCAGUCUGUGAUCCGAACUCCCUUCGGAGAAAGGAAUGUUGUUUUUGCAGACUACAUAGCUUCAGCCAGAGCCGUGCGAUCCAUCGAGACGUUCAUCAGCAAAGAAGUCUUGCCCCUUUACGCCAACACCCACACCACCGCCUCUGCGACAGGCAUGCAGAGCACCUUGUUCAGGGCAGAGGCGAGGUCGAUCGUAAGGAGAUGCGUGGGCUGCGACAACAACAAAGACUCGCUCAUCUUCACGGGCACAGGAUGCACAGGAGCUGUGGUGAAGAUGGUGGAGCUUUUGAGGUCUAGCGAGAUGUGGAGGGAGUGCAUGAAGGCAGGUCAGCGACCGCUGGUGGUUGUGGGACCAUACGAGCAUCACUCCAACCUCCUGCCAUGGAGAGAGACAGGAAGCGAGAUCAUCGUCGUGAGGGAGCAGGAGGAGGGCGGAGUCGACCUUGCACACCUUGAACAAGUUCUGUCGCUUCACAAAGAGAGGAAGGUCAAGAUCGGGUCCUUCUCUGCUGCCUCCAACAUCACAGGCAUCCUCGUCGACACCGUCCAGGUUGCCAUCACGCUGCACAAGCAUGGAGCCCUCGCCUUCUUCGACUUCGCCACUGCUGGCCCCUACUGCCCUGUGAACAUGAACCCUCCUGCCUUCGGGGAGGACGCGCACUUGGCUCACAAAGACGCCAUCUUCCUCUCCCCGCACAAGUUCGUAGGAGGAGUCUCCUCCCCCGGGGUCCUGGCCUUCAAGAAGUCGCUGCUGGGGAAGGGAUUCAUCUUCGGGGGAGGCGCGCGGCCCUCAGUACCCGGAGGAGGGACUGUGUUCUUCGUUACCGAGCACGACCACCGCUACCUGGAGAACUUGGAGGAAAGGGAGGAAGGAGGAACGCCUGACGUCGUCGGGUCGAUUCGCUGCGGGCUCGCGAUGAGGCUCAAGGAGUUCGUCGGGGCUGAGAGGAUCAUGGAGGAGGAGGAGAAGCUAUGGAGAAGGGCCUUGCAGGCACUCGAACAGCAGCCGGAGCUGGAGGUGCUGGGGAAGGUGAAGGCUGCUCGGCUGCCUGUGGUCUCGUUCAACGUGCGGCAUGGCGGGAAGCUGCUGCACUUCAACUUCGUCUCUGCUCUCCUCAACGACCUCUUCGGCAUCCAGGCUCGCAGCGGAUGCUCCUGUGCUGGGCCGUAUGCUCAGCGCCUGCUGGGGAUCGACUUCCUCCUGGCAAAGGAGUACGAGCAUGCGCUACUGCUGGGUGAUGAACUGCUGCGUCCUGGCUUCGUGCGGCUGAACUUCGCCUUCUUCCUCCCUGAGUUCGUGGUGGACUACAUGCUGCAGGCCCUGCUGUGGGUGGCGCGGGAGGGGUGGAGGAUGCUCCCCCUGUACACGUUCAAUGCAAGCACGGGGGAGUGGAGGCAUCGGAGCGAGAGGAAAUUCAUGCUGCGACACAGGAAAUGGAUGAGCGACGUUUCGUUCAGCCAGGACAAGAGCUCGCGGUCAGCUGGGGACGCUGGUGGGGAGGAGGAGGAGGAGGAGGAGGAUGGGACCUUCUUGGAGAGGCUAGAGGCAAACUUCAAGAGGAACAUGGAGAUGGCAGAGGAGGUUGUCAGGAAGAUAGAGGAGGCAGCGAGGGGCGGGAAGCCUGUGGGGCCGACGAUGGUCACAGACAGUCAGCUGGCAGGGGAGGAGAAGGCGAUCGGGAGUCCGGACGCUGCCCGACUCCGCUGGUUCCUGCUGCCCUCUGAGGCGCUGGCGGAGCUGCGAGGGAAGGAGGCAGCUCCUGCUUCCCAUCCCUCCUCCGCCUUCGUGCCCGAGGGUCACGAGCCUUGUGGGAUGGACGAGGAGGCGGUGGAGGAGGAGCUGCUAGCUCGUCAGCCGCAUUCUACCACAGAGGACAUGCUGCGUGUGCUGGGGGAAAGAUGGAGAGCCAUGCCGAAGGAUGAAGAGCACAAGGAGGAGGAGACGAAGGGAGAGGAGAACAAGAGGAAAGGGGAAGGGAAGGGGAAGGAGGGAAAGGGGAGGGUAGGAGGAGGGAAGGAAGUUGAAAAGCAGAUGAGCAGUGGCAAAGUAGCGGAAGGGAAAGGAGAAGACGAGGUUUCAAUGCACAAGAGAGCGCAGAAGGCAGAGAAAAAGCUCAUGAGUUCAGUCGGGAAAGCGAUCCAAGACUUCGGAAUGAUCAAGGACGGAGAUCGCGUGCUGGUCGGUCUUUCAGGAGGCAAGGACUCUCUCUCCCUCCUCCACAUCCUCCUCGCGCUCAAGAGGAAGGCGCCGAUCAAGUUCGACGUCGCCGCAUGCACAGUAGACCCGCAGACGCCCGAGUACGACCCGAGCACGCUCAAGACCUACCUGCAGGAGCUCAACGUCGCCUACUUCUACGAGUCUCACGGAAUCAUCCAGCAGGCGUCCUGCAGCCUGCAGAAGAACAGCAUCUGCAGCUUCUGCUCGCGGAUGAAGAGAGGGGUCCUCUACAGCGUGUGCGAGAGGGAGGGGUUCAACGUGCUCGCCCUGGGUCAGCACCUGGACGACCAGGCUGAGAGCUUCCUCAUGUCGGCCUUCCACAACGGGCAGCUCAGGACGAUGAAGGCCAACUACUUGGCGCGCGAGCAUGCUGUGCGGAUCAUUCGCCCACUCACCUACGUGCGGGAGCAGGUGACGCGCGAGUUCGCCAUGGCGAAGAAGCUGCCGGUGAUCAACGAGAACUGCCCGGGAUGCUUCGAGGCGCCGCAGGAGAGAGCGAGGAUAAAGAUGGUGCUGGCAGCGCAGGAGCAGAUCUUUCCUGACCUCUACGGGAAGCUGGGGAAGGCGCUGCUGCCGCUGAUGGCGGCUGAAUCAAGCACGCGACCGAGAGAGCGAUGA